CUCCACGUGGGGCAAUUGGCUGGGCCUGUGCUCCGCGACGGCGAAGUCGGUGCCGCUGGCUUCGCGGAGGCACGAAUUCCUAACACAAAACGCCCUGCUCGGCCAGGGGCGUGCCGCACGGAUGUCAGGCCCGACACCGCAAGCGCGUCUGCGGGUCAGCAAGCAGGCACCACCCCACGUGUGGCGGCCAACGCCAGCCGGAAGAAGGUGGGGCGGCCCCUGCGAGGCGCGACGCGGGUGCUCGUGGUGCGGUGCGGCGGAUACGCGCGGCGGGCACGAUGGUCACUCUCUGUCUGGCCCCACUGCAGGGGCAAAUUGGCAUGUCAAGAUUGGAGGAAAGAAGGCGAGCAUGCAAGAGGACGGAAAGGAGGAGGAGACGCAAGAGGAGGGAGGACGGAGGAGGGACGGGCGGGGGGACGCAUGGGCAGGCGGAGGUCCGCCGCUAGGUACGCUGGCAUCAGACCGGACGCGCCGCUCGGGGAGAGCCGGGCGUCGUUUGAGCGGACAGUGGAGCCACCCCUCGUCUCCAAAAUCCUCUCCCCUCUCUCCUCUCUGGCGGCCCUCAUGGGAGCACGCCGCGAAGGAGCCUCAGAGCCGCCCGUGGGCAAUUCCGCACAUAAGGGGGCUGGUCUGCAGAGGCUCCCGGCACAGGGCGCGGGGGGUGCCAUCGCGUUCGAGCACGGUCGGGGGGAUGAAGCGAGGACAGGGAAAAGCCGAGCAAAAGCAAAUGCGCGACGGACCACUCGGUGCAUCGAGCCGGUGCCGCAAGCCGCGGAAAGGGCGGCAAAGACCUUCUAACAACAACAAAAUGUAGAGUCUGUGGUGACCAGCGCGACAAAAUACUGCUCGCAGUCAGCUCGCUGCCAAGUGUUCAAGACGACCAUACUACGAGGACAGCCCACAUUACGAAACAAUAAUUUGCUCCCAGCUUGUAUGGUCUUGCUCAAUGUGCCAUGCCAUGGCAACUCUGGCAUUGCGAGCGGCCUGCGGGCUCAACUCAACUUAGCAAAGUUCACGCCCCUUGACAAGGCGUGACCCGGCGCGAAGAGUGCAAGCGGGGCCAAUGUGCAAAUUGUGCACAUAUGACCCGCUAGGGCUGAGGCUGGCAGCGUCUGGAAUCAUGGACGAGGGCUCUUGCAGACUCAACAUACACAGCUCAGCAGCCGAGACAAAGGAACCAAGCUGGCUCAAGCCUCACGUUGACAUCUUCAGCCACAUACAGGCCGCGGAGGGGGGAGCGUACACUUGUCUUGCAGAGGGGAAGAGGAGUCAGACGAGAAAAAGAAAGAAGGGCAGGGAAGGAGGAGGAAGGAGAGAAGGCACAUGGGGGCCUUGCACAGAUGUGGUAGGGAUAGUCGGAGCAAAAAAAAACACGAACACUCACCGAUAAAAACAGAGUUACUGUACACACGCACAGGCACACAACAUGUUGCACCACCACGACACUGCACGUCUU